AUGCCCCUCGACACCUCCACCUACUCACUGGCGCUGCUGCGCGUCGACGGCCGGCGCUGGAACGAGCUGCGACGCUGCCACGCCCAGGUCCGCACCCAAGCCGCCGCCGACGGCUCGUCCUACUGGGAAAUGGGCAAUACAAAAGUCAUGUGUGUCCUGACAGGACCCAGCGAGCCCGGUCCCAAGCGCGCCGGCACCGUCACCGCCGGCGGGGGCACCACGGGCGCGGGCAACGAGACGGCCGCCGAGGUCGUCGUCAACAUUGUCGUCGCGGGCUUUUCGUCGGUCGACCGUCGCCGCCGGGGCCGUACGGACAAACGCACCCAGGAACUCUCCGCCACCGUCGCCCGGACCCUCGCCGCCGUCCUCCACACCCACCUCUAUCCGCGCUCGGCCAUUACGUUUUCUCUCCACGUCCUGUCCCAAGACGGCUCGCUCCUCGCCGCCCUGCUGAAUGCCGCCACCCUGGCCGCCGUCGACGCCGGCAUCCCCAUGACCGACUACGUCGUCGCCUGCUCGGCCGGCAGCACGUCGGGCGACGCCGCCGCCGACACCACCGACGGCGCCGACCCCUUGCUGGAUCUCAACCUGCAAGAGGAACAGGAGCUGCCCUCGCUGACCGUCGCGACCCUCGGCGCCACCGACCGCGUCGCCGCCCUCGUCUGCGAGAGCCGCGUCCCGGUCCAGCGUCUCGAGGGCAUGCUGGCCGUGGCCGUCGACGGGUGCAAGCAGGUGCGCGCGAUUGUGGACCGCGUCGUGCGGGAGGCCGGCCUCAAGAUGGCCAAAGAAGCAAACAGCGGUGCAGACGCGGGGAACGUGUCAUCCAUGGAGAUUGACGUGUAG